AUGCUGGAACAGCAUGCUGGAACAGCUUGGGGUUCAGCAUUUCCCAAAGACGUGAAGCGGUGGCUCAUGCAGGUGAAGCUUCCAUCACAAACAUUACACACCCCGAAGGACGCUGCUGGCCGAGGAGACGAGAGAAGACUGCAGGACGCUACUGGCCGAGGAGACGAGAGAAGACUGGAGGACGCUGCUGGCCGAGGAGACGAGAGAAGACUGGAGGACGCUACUGGCCGAGGAGACGAGAGAAGACUGCAGGACGCUACUGGCCGAGGAGACGAGAGAAGACUGGAGGACGCUGCUGGCCGAGGAGACGAGAGAAGACUGGAGGACGCUGCUGGCCGAGGAGACGAGAGAAGACUGGAGGACGCUACUGGCCGAGGAGACGAGAGAAGACUGAAGGACGCUGCUGGCCGAGGAGACGAGAUAAGACUGGAGGACGCUACUGGCCGAGGAGACGAGAGAAGACUGGAGGACGCUGAUGGCCGAGGAGACGAGAGAAGACUGGAGGACGCUGCUGGCCGAGGAGACGAGAGAAGACUGGAGGACGCUACUGGCCGAGGAGACGAGAGAAGACUGGAGGACGCUGCUGGCCGAGGAGACGAGGGACACAGGGAACACUCACAGAAGGUUGAAGAGGAAGAGCAGGAUAUCUCAGAGGAGGUUGAAGAGAAAGAGCAGGAUAUCUCAGAGGAGGUUGAAGAGGAAGAGCAGGAUAUCUCAGAGAAGGUUGAAGAAGAAGAGCAGGAUAUCUCAGAGGAGGUUGAAGAGAAAGAGCAGGAUAUCUCAGAGAAAGUUGAAGAGGAAGAGCAGGAUAUCUCAGAGGAGGUUGAAGAGGAAGAGCAGGAUAUCUCAGAGGAGGUUGAAGAGGAAGAGUAG